AAAAAAAAAAAAAAAUUUUUGACCGGAUUAAAAUUAUUUUUUCAUUAUGGAUAUUAUUCGUGAAGAAUUAGUUCAUAACGCAUAUAAUAAAGCAUAUGCAUUAAUAAAUUAUAAAAUUCAUUAUAAUAUAGAUGAACAAUAUAAUUUUUUACAACAAACUAUUCUCGAUGAUGAAAUACUUACGGAAAAUGAAAAAUUAAGAGCAAUAAAAUUAUUAAAUAAUGAUUUUGAUUAUUAUAAGAUUUUUUUAAAUAAUGGUACAAAAAGAAAUUGUGAAAAUUGUCUUUUAGAUUGUUUAGCUACAUUAUAUUGUGAACAUUGUAUUCGAAAUUAUUUAAAAUCAAAAUUUUCAAAUUGGAAAUCCGGAAAUGAUGACGUUGAUGAUUUAAUACGAAAAUGUCAAAUGGAAACGCUUAAGCCGGAUAAGAUAAUAGAAUGGAUCUCAUAUGAUAGGUUUCAAAAUAUUAAAUAUUUAACUAAAGGCGGUUGUUCUAAAAUUUAUACAGCGGAUUGGGUUGAUGGAUAUUAUGUUGAAUGGAAUUCUAAAGAAAAACAAUUAAAAAGAUUUGGAUCUCAUAAAGUAAUACUUAAAAAAUUAGAAAAUAUUGAAAGUGCUAAUAGGAGUUGGUUUGAUGAGGGUAAAUCUCAUUUAACUAUAAGUAAUAAAUAUGGGGAGAUUGUACAAUGUUUUGGAUUAACAAAAGAUCCAUCAGAUGGAAAUUAUAUGCUUGUAAUGAAUAAAAUGGAUUUAGAUUUAAGAAAAUAUUUAGAAAAAAAUCAUGAUAAACUUAGAUGGAAAGAACGGAUUCAAAUUGCUGAUGAUAUAAUAUAUGCACUUUCCAGAAUUCAUAAAGAGUUAGCGGUUCAUAGAGAUAUACAUUCUGGUAAUAUAUUAUUUUCACAAUUUGAUCAAAAGUUUUAUAUUGGCGAUUUGGGAUUUUGUGGACCUGCUGAUAAGCCAUUAGAUAGUACAUAUGGAAACCUACCUUACAUAGCACCAGAAGUUAUUUCCGGAAAAGAAACCACUUUCGCAUCUGAUAUUUAUAGUAUUGGUAUACUUAUGUGGGAAAUUUCAUCUGGAAGGUCGCCUUUUGUUGAUCUUGACCAUGAUUGGGAUCUUGCAGUGAAAAUAAUAAAUGGAGAGAGACCAAAAAUAAUACCGGGAACUCCUUUAGAAUAUAAAGAAUUAAUAAAACAAUGUUGGGAUGCUGAUCCUACAAAAAGACCUAAAAUUAGUGAUCUUAAGAAUAAAAUAAAGGAAAUUAAAAAUGAAUUUAAUAAUAAUAGUAAUAUUAAUAUGAUAUUAACAGAAAUUGAUAAAAAGACUAGCAUCGCGACUAAUUAUACGACAAGUAGUAGAUUAUUUACAAGCAAAGUUUAUAAAUUUGAAAAUUUGCCCGAACCGAGAAAUGGAAUAGAAGAAGAACAAGAAGUAUUACUUAGCAAACCUUGUAAUUUUAGUAUACCUAAUAACAUUGAUGAUUUUAAAAAAUCAGUUUAUUUCAAACCAAGUAAUAAGAAAAUAUCAAAAUUAAGUAAUAUUUUUGAAGGAAGCAAAAAAUUAUCUGUAAUAUUUAAUAAGUUCAAAUAAGAAAUCAAAUAUUAUACUAAUCGUACGAAAAUAAUAUUAAUUAAUUUAUCAGUUCCACUGUAAUACUUAAUUAACUAGAUUUCUAGAUUUUAUUUUACCGAAUUUUUUUUAC